AUGUUUUUAUAUGAUGUGUUAUCGUUUCAAUUCCGUCCACGAAGCGAACCAAUUUGCAGGUGUUUUUGUCGAAGUAAUAAUUUGGAUUGUUCUGACGGUAGAUGUGAUAAUAGAGCAAUGUUUACUGAAUGCCCCAAAAAUUGUUUGGGGAAAGGAAAUGAUUGCAAGAACAGGAGGUUCGCAAAGGUUAGUCAGUUUAUUAUCGAGUAUGUAGGCGAAGUGGUCUCUUCUGAAGAAUUCGCUAAGCGCUUGAAGAGAUAUGGGCGCGAUCCGUCGCAUACCCAUCACUAUAUGUUCGAAAUAGGAUCAAUGAUUAUUGAUGCGACAAAGAAGGGCAAUUGUUCUCGUUUUAUGAACCAUUCUUGCGAGCCUAAUGCAGUUUGUGAAAAGUGGUACGUUCCACGGACUCCGUGCGCUAUUGACAGAAUCGGUUUUUUUGCGAAGAGGGAUAUCGAGCUUGGUGAAGAGAUUACAUUCGACUACCAGUUCGAAAAUUAUGGAAGAGAAGCACAACGAUGCUUUUGCGGUGCAACUACAUGUUCUGGAUGGAUAGGAAAACCCCCUGAAUUGUUAGAUGACAUUGAUGAAGAUAUGGAAACAGAAAGUGAGGAUUCUGAUGGAAGUACCGAUGAAGACACGAAGGUGAUGGAUACAUCAUUGCAACACAUAUUUGUCGCAAAUGGUUUACCUAACAUUUUCAAAUCAUGGCUGCGAACAGCUUCUCCCGAAACUCUAACUCGCGAUGAUCUCAACUUAAAGCAAUGUAUAAUCCGUUCGCUACUUGCAAUGCAGUCAUGUGCUGAAGCUAUCAAUGUAACUAUUUUAUUUCCAUCUUUUAUUCUAUGUUUGAGACUAGAGAGUUCCGUUUGA